UGAAAUGCAGCAAACUAUAAUUACUAUUAUAGAAAGCAAAUUAGCACCUCGAGAGAUAACUCCUUCAGAUCGGGUAUGCCAUGCUUGCUGGCUACGUACAAAAAGAGAAGCGGUUCGAAUGAACAAUCAAGAUGAGAACAGGCAACCAUUGAUUGAAAUUACUGACAAUGAACAACAGGAACAAAAUCGGCCAGCUCCAGCUGAGAUACCACAGUCUGAGUUAACAUCGACAAUGGAAACACAAAGAAUUGUGCUGCCAGAUUACAGACGAGCAGCCAAUUCUACACAUACUUGUGUUUUUCCAAAUUGCAGCAGUAACACAUUGCAUAAUAUAUCAGACAAAUUACGAGCCACUAUAUUGCAUAACCAUAAGUUUUAUUUGCCAAAAUUAGCUCGUGUUUGCGGUGAACAUUUAAGCAUUAAUUUAUGGGAUACUUUAUAUGACUCUGAAAACAGUAUUCAGACAUUUACUGUUGACCAAAUACAACAUGUUUUUUCAUUUGUUAAUCAAUUUAACCCUUCUCUUGAUUUUGAGAAUUUACAAGACAUGGAUGAAAGAUUAUUCCAGUACUGGAUUGGAUUAACAAAAAUAAAAUUCAAUAAUUUGAUUGAGGAAGUACCACGUAUUUCAGAGCUGCGUAAAGGAUGCUUAGGCCUAGCAGCCCUACUGAUAAAGCUGAGAACAGGUGAUUCCGAUGAGAGGAUCUCAUCUUUGGUGCAAAUACCACGUCGUACAUUGGAGGGUCUAAUGGAUAAUGUAAGGGAGAUUUUGUGCCAAGACUUUGUAUCCAGAAAUCUGGGUAUUGAUGUAUUGUCUCGGGCUGAAUUAUUACAGCAUAAUUUAAUAAUUCCUAAUGGUUUAUUUGGCAGUGAUAAUAAUGCCAUUGUCAUAUGUGAUGGCACAUAUAUUUAUAUAAAUAAAAGCUCAAAUUAUUCAUUCCAAAAAGAUACAUAUUCACUGCAUAAAUACAAAAAUCUGUUGAAACCCUUUUUGAUAGUUGCUAGUGAUGGAUAUAUUGUUGAUUGUUUUGGCCCUUAUAAAGCAACUACAUCGGACUCUGUUAUAAUAAACAAUUUAUUUAGUAGUCCUGAUUCUGCCCUAAGAUUAUAUUUUAGAAAUAAUGAUGUUUUCAUACUAGAUAGGGGUUUUAGGGACAGCAUUAGUUUAUUACAAGGGUGCGGCUAUAAACCCUACAUGCCAGAAUCUUUAAUAGAAGGUGAGCACCAGUUAACUACAGCUCAAGCCAACCGUAGCCGCUGUGUUACCAUUUGCAGAUGGGUGGUGGAAGUGAUCAAUGGCUACUUUAAAAGAGAUUUUAAAUUACUGCGACAAGAAUAUUUCCAUAGAUCACUUCCUCACAUGAUGCAAAACUUUCGAAUAGCAGCGGCUUUGUUAAACAAGUUUGGUGCUCGCCUUCAAGACAAUGAAUAUGCCAAUGACAUAUUAGCAACAAUUAGGCAAAAUAUUACUUUACGAAAUAAUCUGGCUGAGAUGGUUGAAGCGGUCAACAUGAACAGACGAUCCAGUAAUUUUCAAAACAUAACAGAGGAUCAGGAAAAUAUUUACUUUCCUGUACUUGAAUACAGAGACUUAAUUUUAUUCGCCUUGGGAACAUACCAAAUACGGCAAGCCCGUUCCUAUUACGGCGAGCAUAUGCGUUUCCACGGCGGCUGUAGAAUAGAAGUUUGUAAUGAAUUAAAUAUAAAUGCUUCUGAAUAUAAUCUUAGAGGUAGUGAAGACACAAUUUUAAUUAGAGGAAAAAUAAAGUCACGCCAUGUGUCUAGAAAACAAUAUUAUAUAUAUUUAUUAGUUGACAUAAAUGUACCCGGUCGAGCAGGAAUAGUAGAGUACUGUUGUAGUUGUUUAGUUGGACGAAGGACUGUUGGAUGUUGCGCGCAUACGAUGACUUUGGUAUGGUACCUUGGUUGGGCGAGACAUCAACAAAAUAUUACAGCACCGGCAGGGUUUCUGGAUGACAUCGUUAUUAGGGACGAUGAAGAAUAUACGUAA